AUGGCGCGCUCAAAAAGCCCCGAAGCGGAGGAGAUUCCUCUAGACACGAGAAACGACACUGACAGUGAGGUGAACCUACAAGCUGCGGAUAUCGAAGACACAGUGCUCACCGGCUAUAAGCUGGCGGCCGUAAUAGCCGGGCUUUGUUGCUGUGUUUUGUGUAUAUCACUUGACAAUACCAUAGUCGCGACAGCAAUUCCCAAAAUCGCCGAGCACUUUCAUGCAUUCAAUGAUGCUGGCUGGUACGCGAGUGCAUACCUCCUCCCCACCAGCGCCGUCACCCUCGUCUACGGCCGGAUCUAUACAUUUUUCCCCAUCAAGUGGGUGUAUCUGACCGCGCUAUUUCUAUUCGAACUUGGAUCUCUCAUUUCCGGCGUCGCCCCGUCUUCGACCUGUCUCAUUGUUGGACGAGCUAUCUCCGGACUCGGAGGCGGUGGCCUUUUCUCCGGCUCGCUAAUCAUCAUCUCUCAAUGUGUACCGCGACACCGUCGCCCAAUUUUCUCUGGGUUCAUCAUGGGUACCUACGGGAUUGGAAGUGUUAUCGCGCCUCCUCUCGGUGGAGCAUUCACCGAUCACCUCACAUGGCGGUGGUGUUUCUACAUCAAUCUUCCCCUGGGUGCGGUCACCGCGCUGGCAAUCCUCUUCACUUUCCAAGGUACCCAACCACUGAUCCAGGCGACCUGGCAAGAGAAGCUGCGGAGAUUGGAUCCGCUGGGAAUUCUCACCUUUCUGCCUGCCAUUAUCUGCCUGCUGCUAGCCCUCCAAUGGGGGGGCACAACGUACCCCUGGGGAAGCGGCCGCAUCAUCGGCCUAUUCAUUACCUUCGGAGUUCUUUUCCUAUGCUUCAUCGCCAUCCAACUUUACGCGGGCGAAAAAGCGAUACUCCCGCCCCGACUCCUCCGCGGACGCAGCAUCUGGGGCUCGGCCCUAUUCAGUUUCUGCCUGAACAGCGCGAUCUUCAUCUUCGUGUACUACCUCCCAAUAUGGUUCCAGUCCGUCAAAGGAGCCUCAGCCACCGAGUCAGGCGUGAUGAAUCUUCCGCUGACCCUCUCCAACGCCCUACUGGCCAUGGGCUCCGGCCUCUUGGUCACCGCCGUGCGAUACUACUACAGCCCCGUGAUGCUCCUGAGCGCCGGCUUGACCUGUAUCAGCGCGGGGCUGCUGACGACGCUGCGCCUGGACUCUCCUGCCGCCGCGUGGGCCGGCUACCAGGUCUUCUUCGGCCUGGCGGCGGGGCUGGGCAUCCAGCUGCCCGUAUUCGUGGUCCAGACCACCCUUCCAACGACGGAUAUUCCCACCGCCACCGCGCUCAUGGCCUUUGUGCAGGUGUUUGGCGGCGCGGUGUUCGUCUUCGUUGGCCAGAAUGUCUUUCAGAAUCAGCUUGUCGCGGCGCUGCUACACGCGGACUUGCCGGCGGAGUUGGAUGUGCAGGCGGUUCUGGGGGCUGGGCCGGCUGGGCUGCGGGCGAUUGCCUCUGGAGAUACGCUGGUGACAUUGCUGGGGGUGUAUAAUCUUGCAGUGGUCCGGACGUUCUAUGUCGCUGUUGGAUUGGCGGUGGCUUCAGUGCUGGGGGCGGCGGUUGUGGAGUGGCGGCCGAUUAGCAAGGAGAGGCGGACAGCAUGUACGAAUCAUAGUGUUCUAUAA